CGUUAAAGCCUUUUCUUUCUUUAUUGAUGUCAAGAUUGAAUUUAUAAACACGUGUGUGUAAUUCUAGAGAAUUAUUAUUAUUUUUUAUUUAUAUACUUUAACACACUUUAAUUAUUAAACGGAAAUUCUACAAUGGCGAAACUUUGUUUGAAAAAGAAAAGUAAACGAACACCUGCCAGACUACGGUAUAAAAUUGAGAAAAAAGUAAGAGAACAUAAUAGGAAGUUGCGGAAAGAAGCAAAGAAAACUAAAGGCAAAGUAUCAAAAAAACCUAUACUAGUUCCUAACAUAUGUCCUUUCAAGGAAGAUAUUCUGAAAGAAGUGGCGGAAGCCAAGGAAAGGAAAGAACGUGAGAAGAGGGAGAGAAAGGAGUUACUUAAAGCCGAACGAAAAGCUAAAAUGACAUCAGAAAAACUUGAAUCGCUUGUCAUGAAUUCAGAGGCGCAAGAUAUCGAAAUGAAAGAAAAUAUCAAUAUAAAUUUGAGUAAUCCAAGCAAGCUCACAGUUGUUGAAAAAGCUAAUAAUUCGACUCGAGCAUUUGGAAAAGAAUUCAAAAAGGUGGUUGAAGCAGCCGAUGUAAUUCUGGAAGUGGUGGAUGCUAGAGAUCCGCUGGGAACAAGGUGUGAACAAGUCGAGCAAGCAGUCAGGGACUCCGGUCGCAAACGAUUGAUCAUAGUACUGAAUAAAGCAGAUUUGGUUCCGAGGGAUAUCCUGAAUAAAUGGAUAAAAUAUUUGAGGCAUAGCUUCCCAGCGGUUCCAUUCAAAGCGAGCACUCAGUCGCAAGCAAAACGUCUGGGACGUCAGAAGCUGAGGAAGCAAACGCCCAAAGAAGGCUUACAGGUGUCUCAGUGCGUGGGAGCUGAACUCCUCAUGUCAUUGUUAGCCAACUACUGCAGAAAUAAAGGAAUCAAAACGUCUAUUACUGUUGGAAUCGUCGGCCUUCCGAAUGUUGGAAAAAGCAGUAUUAUUAACAGUUUGAAAAGGAAGCGUGCAUGUAAGGUUGGGAGCAUGCCUGGUAUAACGAGGCAGAUGCAGGAAGUGCAACUGGAUCAGAAGAUAAAGCUGGUGGACAGCCCUGGAGUGGUGCUGACUAGUGGAGGCACUGCGUUCGACGCACUCAAAAAUGCUUCCCGGGUAGAGCAGCUCCAAGAUCCCAUUGGUGUUGCUACCGUCAUACUUAGCAGGGCUACUAAACAACAGAUGAUGAAUAUGUAUGACAUUCCAUCUUACGACACACCCACCGAGUUUUUCACUGCCAAGGCAAAGCGUCAUGGACGAUUCAAGCGUGGAGGAAUACUUGACUUGGAAGGCGCUGCUAAAUCACUAAUCGACGAUUGGAACUCGGGAAAAAUUCGAUACUACACAGAACCACCCGUAGAGGAAGGAACAGUGCAUGUAUCAAGUGCCAUAGUUGAACAACAGGCAGCUGAAUUCGACCUGGACAAAGCCGCCUAUGAAACCAUGGAAGUGAAUGUGUUGGAUAAUCUCAAUGACCUUCAGUCCAAGGUCACUUCAAUGGAUGAAGAUAAUCAAUCAGAUAAUAGAAAUUUUGUCAUCACCACUGAAAACACCGAUGUUCUGGAAAAAAGAGAGGGAAGUAACAAGAAGAAGAGGAAAAGAAAUAGGAAUAAGAAGGAGAAGAGACAAAGUUUGGAUAAAAAAACUGAAUUGGAAGACGAACAGACACUUCUCCCAGGCAACCAGAAGCUAAAAAAACUUCAAGUUUUGGCUCAGAAAAAGCAGAGGAAAGAAAAAGCAAGAAGAGAGCGAGAAACAUCAGCCCUAGCCAAUGUGCUUGAGAAUUGGACCCUAACAAAUGAUUCUUGAUUUACCUUGAAUCAAACUUUGUAAAUAGUUUUAUAUAAAUAAAAUUUCACUU